ACAAUCAACCUACCUCAGACGAAGAUACAACCUCUGAAAACUCUGAGUCUGAUCAACUUUUUGCUGAAGCUAAAUUACGCCUAUAUAGAAACCGAGAAAGAAUUAAACCAAGUUUACAUUCAGAAAUCUCAACCCCAUUCGAAUUUACAUCUACUCAAGAAACCACCCAAGCUUUUAAUUAUAACGAGGAAGAAGAACAUAACCCUGCACAUAUUUUUUCUGAAGAAAAUUAUAGUGAGGAAACCCCCGAAACUCAACCCCAAUUACCACAUCGCCUAACCUACCCACAAGGAGAAACUUUUGCUGAAAGCAGUAGAACUUCAUCACAACUCACUGAACCCCAGCAAUUUAUUAUACCUUUAAGUGACGAAGAAGAAGACAUCGCCCCAGAAGAAAUCCAAGUAAUAAAUCUCAAACCUACCCACGAACCAGCGAAUCUAGAGGAAGAAGCAGCAAGA